GCAAUUUGGCCAGUUAUGAUCGGGGGUCAACCACCGGAAUUUGACAGUAAACCAAUUAAUGUAACAGCCAUUAAAGGACAACCAGCGGUCUUACCGUGUACAGUAAUUAACAAGAAUGAUUAUCUGAUUGUCUGGAUGAACCCUCGGAGGACGUUGUUAAGUUCAGAUGAUCGCCGAGUGAUUGACGACACGAGGAUGAGUAUUGAACGUCCGUUCGUCCGCGACUGGAAUCUACACAUUCGGCAUGUUCAAGUACACGAUGAUGGCGAAUACACGUGUCAAAUAAAUACAGAUCCAAUACAAAUAAAGCGAAUUCUACUAAAAGUUCAAGUGCCUGCAGAAAUAGACAAUACAAGUUCGAGCGUCGACACAACAGUCCGGGAGGGACAGACAGUUAAGCUACAGUGUGUUGCUACAGGGAUACCGGAACCUUCAAUCAGUUGGUACAGGAACACUUUACAAACAAACCAAGAGAAAGAACAUGUUGGCCAUACGGGAGAGAUUCUAAUUAUUCAUAAUAUAUCUCGAUAUUGUGGAGGACAAUACGAGUGUCAGGCCAGUAACAAUAUCGCUCAACCCGUGCAUCGUGUGAUGAAUGUAGAGGUGGAAUUUCCACCGGAAGUGACGUUUAAAACUAAGAAAAUCAGCCAACCAAUAGGCAAGGAAGGCAUGCUUGAAUGUUUAAUUGCUGCAUUUCCACAUGGUGUGGGGUCAUGGAGUAAAAAUGGCAAACCUGUAGGAGAAAUGGCAAAUGACAAUAGAAAAUAUACAACAUACGUGUAUAAGGAGGACCAUUUCACAUAUGCUAUAUAUCUAAGUAUAAUCAAUUUAGAGGAACAUGACUUUGGAUUGUACACUUGUGAGGCCUCUAAUGCUUUAGGAACAGACAGUGAUACUAUUUUAUUAUCUGAAUAUUUCGAGCCUACUCCACCACCUACCACAAUACCACGUGACCCUUUUCAACCAUCACGUCAACCGCCACUAGUUGUAGGUGUAGGUCAUCGAGAUAACGAUAAUAUACCAGACUCUGACGGUAAUUUUAUUAUUGGUAAAAUACAGACAGGUAACCCGCAUAAAGCAGGAAUUAUUGGAGUAGGAGAGGGAUACAAAUCAUCAAGUGACUCUUCCAUUAUAAAGCAGACGACAACGUUAUUACGAGUACAAACAGUCGUUUUUGUGACUAUUUUCAUUUUACGUGAAUUAUUUCCCUCUUGACAUGCAUGUAGCUACAUUAGCUACACGAAACGAGUUGACAUUCCAUUUAGUUGCAAUAAUCAAAUUAUAUCAUUCUGAUCCAUUGACAUUGAUAGAAAUGAAAAAAAGGAGAUGCUGUGUAAAAAGUUGAAAUUUGUAAAAAAAUGGAAAAGUUGAAUAUUUACACACCACAUGUUAUCUUCGUCAAGUGCUUCAAAUUGAUUUAUUUGAUCACCAUACUGCAAUGUCUUGUUGAUAGAAACACACAUAGAUUAAUUUCUUUCAAAUGAUAUUUGUUUGAAGGAUUUUAUAAUGUGUAUUUAUAACUUAAUAAUUGACAAUUUUUGUGAUAAUAAAUAUAUUCAUUUUUUUCUGAUAAAAUUGUUGUGAUAGAUGGAAUAAUAGUUGUUUGUUGGAAGAAGUGAGUGUAUGUACUAUGAUAUCACGAUCUUGAUUAUUAUGAAUUUAUAGAAAGUGGAACUAAUUGUUCAAAUUUGUAACAUACUGUUUUUAAAGAACUGCCAUAUCUUUUUAAAAGAAAGGACCAAUUUAAUUCCACCAAUUAUAAAGAAUGCAGCUUACAAAACAUGGAUUGCGCAUUAUUUUAUUCUAGUUAAAAGAAAUCCGUAAGAAUUUCAUAGAGUUCAAUAAAUUGGGACAGUAAAAGUAUUUUACGGAAGGGGGAGCAUAGUAUUUCUUUAAAUUAUAUUCACAUGUCUUAAAAGUAAUGUUUUUAUAGCUGAUCAUGGUGUUAAUAUAUUUGAACUCAGCCUGUCAAUUAAAUAUAUUUAUCUGCAGAAGAAAAAACCAAACAACAACAUCUGUUUAUGGAAAUAAAAUAUGAGGCAUCACAUUAUUCAAUUAUUUGUUAGAACGAUGAGUCUAGAUCAAUGAAAAAGAAUGCUUUUCUCCCUUGCUAGUCACAUACACAGCUUUAUGACCAUUUCAUCUUUCUGUUUUGGCAUAAAUUAUGCUAUAUACUAAAAACUUUUGCAUAUAUUAUUAGAGAAAUAAUAUAAGCAUUUGAAAGAAUAAUUGAAUGUCUGUAUGUAAACAGGUUGUAUAUAUUUUCAAUAAUUAUGUUGGUAUUUUGUAUUCAAUUUGGUAUCAGAGACGUUUGAUACUUUUUACGUAGAUACAUGUAAUUUGAUAUGAAUUUUGAUUUAUAGAAAUAUUAUUUAAGUGUGUUAUUUGUUUAUUUUUUGAUUUAAAUUUUAUUAUUCUUUACUAAGUGUUACCUUAUCACCAUUUAUCUGAAUCGCACAAGAUCAUAUGAAUGUAUGGUUGUAGGUAAGAACAUAGACAAAAUUCAACAUGAUCAUACUGUAUUAUCUUAAUACAUAAUUCUGUAUAACUGUUAUAUGUUAUUGUCAAGAAAAAUACUGAAUAUAUAUCAAAACUCAAUCUAGUCUACAUAUAAUUCAAUAUUGUACAGAGUGGUUAGUAAUAACCAAUUUUAUUUUAAUGUUUUGACGGAGAUAUAUUUAUUGUAAUGUAUCAUUUUUAUAAAUGUAAAUUUCUGUACACUCAUUGAUUAAUAGCAUUGCUAUGAUUGAUUAAGAGAGUGUUUGAUUUACUACAGUAUGAAUGCAUUGUUUGACCUGAUAUAUAAAUAUGUGAAUAUAUGAUCAAAUAUGAAUAUAUGUAUACACUGACAGGAUAAUCAAAACAUGUUUUAAUCAAUUGUGAAUAAAGAUAAUAUAAACGA